AUGGCGGACAAAAUCUCCAUCACCAUAUGCGGCGAUGGAGGUUGCGGCAAAUCGUCCAUUACUCUGCGCCUCGUCAGAUCUCAAUGGACUUCCGAAUAUGAUCCCACCAUCGAGGACUCGUACUCGGUGACUCGAACAGUGGACGGUUUGAACUACUAUCUCUCACUCACUGACACUGCUGGUCAGGAAGAGUACCGAAGUUUGUGGGCUGCUUCCAAUCUCCAGUCUGAUGCCUUUCUCCUCGUGUAUGAUAUCACCAACGCCGCCUCUCUCGACGGGCUUCAGUGGUUUCUCGACAUGAUCGAUAUCGAAGCCGAGAACAGAGUUGAAGAGAACUCCAGGUUGCUCCGGGAGAAGGGAGCCAAGGUUCGCGGCAGGAGAGAAGAUGGAUGGAAGUUUCCUCCCAUCAAGAUCGUUGCCGGCAACAAAUGCGAUCUCAAGGAUGCCAGAGUUGUCAGCAGCAAAGUGGGCUGGGAAUGGGCCAAGAGCAGAAACUGUGGUUUCAUGGAGACAAGUGCUCGAGAGAUGGUCAAUAUCGAGGAGACGUUUGCCCUAAUCGUCCGCAGAGUCGUUGAGGCGAGAAGACAACAUGGUGCUGGUGCCGGCUCCCUACCCCAUCAGCCACACUUGAACUCCAAGGGCCACACUCCGACUGUUAGUGGUGCCGGAGUGUCGACUUACCAGAUGCCGGCCUCGAUGCAACCAAAUCGGCAGCCAUCCAUCCCUAAUCCCCUACCACCGACUGAGAAGUCAGGCUUUGAUGAUGACAACAACGGCCAUGUCCCUUGGUGGAAGAAAAUAUUCUGCUGCCGAGGUUGA